GUGAGCCGUAAUUCCUGUAUGCCUGCCCUCGUUCCAACUGGAGCUUUAUUUUUUUCCCUCUACUCUCAUUUCUGGGCCUAAAAUCAGAUGUGGACGACUAGAGCCUGAGGUUUAAACACUGGGACAGUGACACAGCUGAGGCGAGGAACUCGGCCCAGAGAGGAGGGCAAAGAGGAGACGAGCAGCUGCUGUUAGACGGUGAUCAGAGCAAUGGAGUCGUUCUCUGGAGAUACCGAAGAAAGCGCUGAGGAAAUUCCAGGACGUAAAAAGUCCAAACUGAAGUCUCUGAGAACUCGUCUGUUCGGGAAAAGUAAGAGAGCAGGCGGAGAAGGAGACGCCAAACUCAGCCAGUCAGCCAGUGACAUCACUGCAGGAAAGGGACUCGGAUCAGAUGAAGAUUUGGCAUGCCCCCAGGGGAUGAUGGGAUCACGGGCUUUGUCCCAUGACAGCAUCUUUCUGGCUGAUCAGGUCCUGACAGCAACUGAGCCAGCCAGGGUUUUAUCCCAGGAGAAUGUCCACAGCAAGAUUAAAGCUCUGCAGAUUAAACUUCAGCAGCAGAAGAUGCAUUUGGGGCCGCCGCCUCUGGUCCUGCCGAUCAGACGUUCAGAGGAUCCGGGGAGCCGCUCUGAGGAUGACGGCCUUCCCCACAGUCCCUCUGAGAUCUCAGGAGUCCUCAGCAAGUGCACGUCCCAGCCAUCCUCUCGUCCACUCUCACCCAUCCCCAAACCUAUACCUUCGAAGCCUAUACCCCUGACUCCAUCCGUCCCUUUGCCUCUUUCUGUGUCCUCCAAUUCCUCUUCCUCUGCUGCUGAGCCCCCGUUGGACUUCAGCUCUCCACCUCAGUUCACCCCCUGCCUGGAUACCUCUGCUGCACGACACCGGAUGUCCGUCAAGCCCAGAAACCAAAGGGCCAGCACCAAGAGGACACUCGCUGCAAAUGACUCCAGCUUACAAACCCUGAACAACAUCAACCACCCUGAGUCUGUGAGAAGAGAAGAGCAGCUUAGCACUCAGGAGGAGGUGACACUGGAAACAGAAGAAGAAGAGGCCGUCACUCCUGUUACAUCUCAGCCUUCAAAAUCCCCAGAGGUGGCACCAGUCAUGUCAGAGGCAGCACCCAAAUCAUCCCACCAAGACCAAGCCCUUCCUGAGAGAGUGCCCUGUGUGCCCUCACAGAUACUUAGAGUUAAACCUCACAGACCAGCGGAUGCAAUAUCCAGUGAGCGGCCACACUCAUCUUUUAUACAGUCAGAACUGAAGGACCACAGAGACGGGGACUUUGAGAGGAACACUGUUAACAAGGCUGAAGUCUCCUCCGAGCAGCUCUUCACUCCCUUCAGCUCAGUUCCCCAGCAGGUUCACAGCGAGACAGAAAGCACAAGAGGAAUAAAGAGACUCACCCCAGGAUCUGGGUCCUUCCAUUUCUCCAUCACCACUGCCAAAAACCGAGAUGGAGAAAGACCCAGAUCGGGCAGUUUUGUGGGAGUGCUGGAACACACUGAAGCCAGGCACAGGGCAGUCGCAGGAGCAGAUGACAAACCAUUUUCAGUGGGAAGACUUAGACAAGAGGGAGCAACACACAAAAGCUCAGUUCCUCCAUGGGACAGGAGGGACAGCCUGAAAAAGGUGGAAUCGGUGGCGCCAUCUAGAACCACAGAUACAAGCGCUGCAGAGGUGGAGGAGGUGGAGAGCAGUCAGGAGGUGGUGGAGGAGGCAGUGGAAGCACAAGAGGUCGAGGAGGAUGAGGGGAAGACGACGUUUGGUGUUAAACUGCGCUCCACUUCUCUGUCGAAGAGAUUUCGGUCUGAUGCUACGUCUAACCAGAACUCAAAGCCACCAGAGGAGCAAGUGGACAAACAAAAAAGACAGGAAAUAAGAGACCUCCAACCGACAGAUCCAACACCGUCUGGCUUCUCACUCCCAGUUAAGCACAACCCGCCAUCUACUGGUGAUCCUCCCAUCAUGGCAACAGAAGUCCAAACAACCUCAAACCUCAAAGAACCUGAGGUCGCAGCACCACAGCAACCUCAGCCUGCCCCACAAACGGCUCCAUCUGAGGUAUCCUGGAUGAGCUUAGCGAUGGAAAAGACCAGAAGCCUCCAGCAGCUUUUCACUAGCAGAUUUCCCAGAGAUUUUACAGGCGCGCAGACGGCGGCUCGACCACAAGCACAAGUGCAAACAGAGACACAGACUGGAGCGCAAACACAGACCAUAAAAACACAACAAACUGCAACAUCAUUAGAGGCUGCAAAUCAACCGUCGACUGAUAAAACAGAAUCAGUGCAAAGCAGAAGUCAAGCACAGACUGUCAAACCAUCAGCAGUGCCACAGAAGACGUCUCCAGUUCAGUUGAACACCUCCAGAGAAGCACAGACAUUAAAACAAACCAGUGAGCAUCAGCCUCCAUGGACAGCCCACACUCCCUCGCACUCCUCUGCGCCAACAGAAUCUCAGGUUGCACAAGGGAGCAUCACACAGUCUCUCGCACAGUCUUACCUUUCCUCAGGCCAGCAGCAGCAACCCCCCUGGAGCAACCGAGGUCUUCACCCCGCCAACCAGCUCAAAUCGACAACCUUAGCUUCGACAACCUCAGCUUCGACAACCUCGACAGCUGCAGCUCAUCCUCUGGUUCCUGCUUUGGGAAGAGGGGAAAAAGAAGCCGCUGUGCAGGAAAAAGAGGGAGCAUCACAGCCGGGGAAACGGCCACAUUGGGUCGGGUCAGUGAGCGAGAAGGCCGCCUUUUUGGAGAAACGGGCAGAGUGGACUACACCACCUGGAACCAAGGGGGUGGAGCUGAAGAAAGCUCAGACAGAGGUGCAGACAUCCGGUGAAUCCUCUGCCUCGGUCAAAACCACGCCUCUGAGCAGGGACAUAAAACCAGAGGGAAGACAGUGGGUAAAACCUGCAGAGUCAAGUCCCACCAAAGUUCCAGAGAGACCUCGUGAGGACAAAUGGCUGCGUAAAAACGUGGCCCCAUCUUCCUCGCCCUCAUCGUCACCCACAAUGGCGUCAGCGUUGCAGUCCAUGUCUGACAGCGGCCAGCCGUCCUGGAUGGAGCUGGCGAAAAGGAAGUCAAUGGCCUGGAGUGAUAAGUCCAUGGACUGAGAGGGAAAACAGACACGACAGAUUGUUAUGUUGAGUCUGUCAGGAAGUUGUUGAGUCAGCUCUACUCAGGCUGUUGUGUUUGUGUAGUAAAAUUUAUUCAGUUGUCAAAGUUAUAUUGAGAGAAAGACAGAGAGUAUAUUAUACUGAAAAUGCCCAAGUUUAUUACAAUCCUGCUCCGCCACAACACAUCAAGAUAAAUGGUAUUUCUAAAUAAUGUUUUAUGUGAUUCAGCAUGUCACUGCUGUUAAUAAUUUAUGUAAAAUAAUAAAAUUUCUAA